AUGUGCAUAUCAUCUUUCGAAGACUUGCUGGUCUUGGCGAAGAUACCGAACCUUCAAAAGCUACACGAAUUGGACAGCACACACACCCUUGUGAUGACACUCAAAGUCCAUAUCCUCAUCUUGAAUGACAUGCGAGGAAAACGACGACUCUGUGGGUCUCCAGGUUUUGCCAAGCUGACUGGCAUCUCGGUUUCACCCUCAAGUUCGGAGGCCUUGCCAGCUCGGUAA